UGAGGCCUCAUUAAAUAGGGCAACGCCCCGUCGGUUUCACAAAUUUCACUUCAAUUCUCAUGGCGCAACCGGCGACCGCCGCGGCCGGCGUUACUUCUCCGCCUCCUCCUCAGCCAAAGGUGGAGUCAGAAGCCGAGAAAUCACAAUUGCCACCGCUAACCGCCCAAUUCGAAGGCUCUGUAUCCAAUCCACAAUCACAGUCAGAGCAACCUCCUUCGUGCCCCGCUGACACAAUCGCCGGUCUCCGUGGACUCUCCACGGCGCUCUCCGCCUUCCAACGCUGCUGUAACGAGCUACAGGGCCAUAUGAAUUAUAUUAUGACAGCCCUCGACUCCAUAGUGCAACAGGGACCGGCCAUUGUUACACCUCAAUUGCUACAACCUAAUCAAGAGGAAUUGCCGAUUAUUCCGGCGAAUCAAGCUUCGUAUUCGGUUCCCAUUGAGGAAAAUCAACCGAAACCUAGUGGCUCGGAACUCGAACAUCUCUGCCGAACGAUGAACAGCCGUGGGCUCCGGAAGUACAUGGUUUCGCAGCUCUCUGAAAUCAGUAAACUGCGCGAAGAAGUUCCUAAGGCAUUGAAACUUGCCCCCAAUCCAGGGAGGCUCGUGCUAGACUGUUCGGGAAGGUUUUUUCUCCAGGGCAGUAAGGCUUUUGCUGAUAAGAAAUCUCCCAUGGUCCCGGCUAGGGAGGCAUCUGUGUUGAUUCUUGAAUGUUUUUUGUUGAUGGAAAUUGAUCAAGGGAUUGAGAUUGAGAAUGCUGUGAAGGAUGAAGCAGAGCAGGCAGCUGUGGCAUGGAGAAAGAGGCUGAUCACUGAAGGAGGCUUGGGGAAAGCUAGCAAAAUGGAUUCUCGCGGUUUGCUAUUGCUUGUUGGGUGUUUUGGGAUUCCAGCAUUGUUUAGGUAUGAGGAUUUUAGGGAUUUGUUACGAUCAAGUAAUGCCAAGGAGAUUAAAACUGCUCUUAGGAAAUCAAGUUUCCUCAUGACAAAGAUUCCUGAAGUAAUUGACUGGAUGGUGAAGAGUAAGAUGGAAGUUGAUGCUGUUGACACUGCCUACACUUGUGGAAUCGAGGAUCAGAUCAAUCCUCAGAAACUUUUGAUUUCAUUUUUACGAGAAUCUAAGGAAUCUUCUAACAAGAGAAAAAAGUUAGUACAGGGUUCCCCAGCUUCAGUGAAUGAAUCAAACAAGAAGCGAUUGUAUGGUCUGAAAUCAGUAGUCAAGUGUUUGGAAAGUCACAAUGUUGACCCUGCAAAGCUCCUUCCUGGAUGGCAAAUCAACGAGAUGAUUGCCGGCUUGGAGAAAGAAAUUGCUGAGUUAAAUAAGAAAACAACAGAGAAAGCAAUCCAAAAGAGAAAAGUCGAUGAAACUGAGUCAUCUAAGAAGUUCAAACCCCAAGAAGUAAAACGUUCGCGCUUAGAUGGAGUUCCAAAUCACUUGCAUAGCUAUUAUGCUCCCCCAUCUUUGUAUGCACCUGGCCCAGGAUCUUUAGCCGAGAGUAUGGUCGGCUCGGUAGCAGGGACUGCCGGAGCUGUGCUCACCGGUGGAGGUGUGCUAACCGGUGGACCAGGCGCUGGUGUAUCAGCAGGCACACACACUGUAUUACACACAGGCCCUUAUGCCGGGGUUCAUGGAGGGAUGGUACUCGAUCCUGCUGAUAUAAUCAGCCACAACAGACUCGAUCCCGCUGAUAUACUCGGUCACAACAGUCAGAUAUAUCGGUUGCAUGGUGAUACAGCCUUGUACGACAGAAUCGGGUCUCACAUUCACGCAUACAUGCCGUCAUCCUCCUUGGAAAGUUCCAUAGCGUUACGAGCUGCUGCAGCUGCAGCAGUUGGCGGCCCAGGUAGGACCGCCGCUUCUGAUCCCUAUCAGCACCCUGACGCCGUGGAAACUGAAGUGUACCGCAGCAAUAGUGUGCGCGCAGCAGGGGGUGUUCCUGCUCAUCAUACAUCAUACAUGCUCUGACUCGUUAUGUUUUAGACCGGAGAAGUAUUUAUUCUCUUCUUUUAUAACUGAUGUAGCAUAUCCAUUGUAGCAGGUGCUUAGUGUUUUUUUAAAGUUACCUUAAGAUUCAAGUUACAAUUUUAUUGCAGAUAAUCACAAUUGAAAAUUGAGCACAAUUUCCUCUCA